AUGUCUACCAUCAAAACCCGCGUCUGCAUGAUAUCAGACACCCAUACAAGCACUCCACACCCACCCCAAAAAACCGACUAUGCCUACCGCUACCCCCUCCCAAAAGCAAACAUCCUCCUCCACGCCGGCGACCUCACAAAAGUGGGGUACCGCGUCGAGCACGAAGCAAUGAUCGCCAUGCUCGCCGACGCCGACGCAGAACUCAAGCUCGUAAUAGCAGGAAACCACGACAUCACCCUAGACGAAGAAUACUUCACAACCUUCGGCUACACCCGCCAUAAGCGCCCAGAAAAACUAGGCGAAGAAUCCAUUCUGCUAUCAGACGACAACCUCCAAACAACCCUACGCACCUCCUCAACCAAAAGCCCAAACACAGACUCCCUAAAGGAAUAUGUCCGCUCUAUAAAAUCCCUCUGGACAAGCGAAGCCGCCCAAAAAGCAGGAAUAAUUUACCUAGAAGAAGGAAUCCAUACCUUCACCCUCUCAACAGGCGCAACAUUCACUCUCUAUGCAUCUCCAUACCAACCGGAAUUCUACAACUGGGCAUUCGGGUAUCCCCGCGACCAAGACCGCUAUAACCCCGCCCCCGCUACACAGACACAACCCCAAAAUCCAAUCCCGGAUUACCCCGCCAUCGACAUCCUACUAACCCACGGCCCGCCCGCCGGAGUCCUGGAUCAGGUCCCGCCUGAUUUGAAAGUUGGAUGUGAACAUCUCCUCCGAGCGGCGUGGCGCGCGAAGCCGCGACUGCAUCUCUUCGGUCAUAUUCAUGAGGGGUGGGGUGCGCAGCGUGGGGUGUGGGAUGAUGAGGCGGGUGGCGGUGGUGUCAAGCUUGAAGAUGUGCCGACGGAUGCGGAGGAGAUGCUGGAGAAUCGGGGCGCGUUUUAUGAUGUUAGUGCCGGAGCGGAUCGGCCGCUGCGGGUUGGGGAGGAGACGCUUUUUGUUAAUGGGAGUAUUAUGACGGUCAAUUAUCAGGCGAGAAAUGCGCCGUGGGUGGUCGAUUUGGAGCUUCCUGUUGCUGGGGGGUAG